CCACAUCACGGAUGGGAGCAAGCAGCGGGCAACGCGUGCACCCAGGCAAGAUUUCUAAUAAAGAGAAUAAUCCAUAAAAAUAAAAGGCGGUGUAGCGCAACUACAAAAACAAAAACAAGUUCUCGAUUUGAAAAAAAAAAGAGAAGCGAUGGAUGAUAGUUUCAGAGUUCGAGUUGAUAAGAUAUUCGGAGGUUUAGAUGGUCCUGGUGGCUCAAUGUCUACCGAUUCAAUACGUUCUCUUUGGUCAUUAAGUGAUGCAGAAGUUGAGAAGAAAGAAUGGAGAAAACAACAGCCACCCGAAGAAGAAGAAGAAAUCAUUCCUUCUUCUUUUGAUCAAUCAUUCAUUGCGAAGAAUAAUAGUAAGAAGAAGAUAAAGAAUGGAUUUGGUGACUUUGAUGAUGAUUUAUUCGAUUUCGACGAUCUCGAAGAUGAUGGUGAAGAGGAUGAAGAUGGUGGUGACAAAGAAAAUCCGGGUUCUUCUUCGAGACAGGGUUCUAAUGGUGGUGGUGACGACGAUGAUGAGUGGGAAAUUAGAGGUUCCAUGGGAUUAGAUUCUACUCUCGAUAAUGAAGAUGAAGAAGAUGAAUUUGAUAAAUUUGCUGUCGGAAGGGAAAAGGCUGGGGAUAGAACGUAUUUGAAGGAUGUAACUGAUUAUGGGGAUUAUCUGAACUCGUACAAUGUGAUUCCCAGCUCGUUCAAAGAUCACGUUAGGGAUCCACGAGCAAUUCUUCCCGAGAAAGAUAGCAUGAAAGAAGAUGUUCUGGUAGGUAGUGAAGGUGUUGGAGAUGCUGGGGUUAUAGUAAAUCAUGAUGUUGGUAACUUAAAGCCUAUACUGAAAAGAAAGGAGAAGAAGUCAGGUUCAAAGUCGCAAAAACGUGUUAGAUUUGGCCCAGAAUGUUUGGACAAUUGUAGUGAUCAAGAGUUUGAGAACCCGAAUUCUAUGAAUGGCAGCACUUUUUCGAUGGAGACUACUUUAGAUGCUGAGAAAGCUUCUUUUUUGCCCAGACUGACUUCAACAGUUCCAGAUUAUUUGCUCAACCCUGGGAAGUACACACAGUAUAGCUUUGAUUCUACUGAUGAUGAUAACGAGCAAUCUAAUAAGCAAGCUUGCAUGGAUUUCCUUAACACAAUAAGGAAGGCGCAAACUACAGAGUCGCAGCAGGAAGACAUUUUUGAACUUCCAAAAUCAGUAACCUUUACACCCAAGAAAAAGGCUACUGAUAAUGAUGAGGCAUCAACGAAGAGGGACACUGAGAUGAAUCAUGACCAGGGAGAUAGUUCUAAGGAAUCCCAUGUGCGUAGGGCAGGCAUACCACUUGGUGUUGCUGUAGUAGAGAUGGUAGAAAGUGAAGCAUGUGCAAUGGAAGAAGAUGAAGAGCAACCAACAAUGAAGGACACAAGCGAGAGCUCUAAGAAACCAGGUCGCCAGUAUCGGCCAAAAGUUAUCUGUCAGGAGUGAGAACUGUGUCUCUUGACGGGUUUUUGACAAUUCAGUCAGACUGGUAUGCUGGUAUUUGCUUCAACUUGUACUUGGAUCGUUUAAUGAAACUUAAAUAAUUUAUCUGUCUACACUUGGUGGUCAUUCUUUUGUAGUUCAUUUGCAUUUUUUCGCCA